CACAUGCCAUAGGAAGAGAAUGCGAUCGCGAAGGCGAUUCUUGUUGUUGUGGCUGUUGUUUUGUUUGGGGGUAGAGCCUGGAAUCGGCGCAGGAUCGUUAAUUUUCGGCACCCGCAGAGAAAGUACUUUGCUAGCGUUCGGCUUUCCAGCGAUUGUUUUUCUGCGAAGAGUGAAAUGAUUGUUUACUGUUUGGACUUGUAGGUAGCAGUCAGUGCGGAGUGCAUCGGUUUACGGCCGUCGCCUUUUUUCUCUCAACGACGUCCACAGAACUCAGAUAGCUUCCAGUUCAGACAGGCGACAGGCAAAUGGAUGUGAUGGCGGGUACGGGCGGUGACCAGGCCCAGGGUAGCAGUGAUGCGAUGGAUAAUGAUGGCAAUGGUGCUGCUAGUACUAGUAGUAGUAGUGCGAACCUAUCGGACGAUGGUAGUAUUUCGCACCAGCAUCAACAGCAAACGUUCCAGUCGGAACAAGGCGAAGCGUUGCAGGACACGGAAGGCGCUUUUGCGAACAGUCUUCACGUGCACAUCACUGACGGAGACGACGACGUCGACGAAUCGCCAAACAAUUUGACGAUCAGUAUCGAGUAUGAACGGGAGGACGAUGAGGUGGAUUUGAGCGAUGGCGAUGGCGCAUCAGAGACAAUGGAUUUCUCUGAGACUGGCGGUGAAGCUGCCCACUCGUUUGCGUCAAUAGAGCGUACGACGGGCACUGCGGCGUACGACGAUGGUCGACACAGCGCGCAGGGAGUUAGCGAUGCUACAGUGGACGCCAAUGACGUCGCCAGUGUCAGCAACGGUGUCGGCUCGAACUCCUCAACUAGCCAACUUGCGGUAGCGGAGUCAGCUGGAACUGGUGAGUCUGUUUCGAAUAGUGUGAACAAUGACAAUGGCACCGUGACCAGUGGUGUGGCCAGUGCCCCAUCCACUGUGCAUGGGGGAUCCAAGUAUGAUCGGCCGCAAGAAACGUUCAUGAACCUGAUCGCCCACGCGAUAAUGUCGUCGCCGCGCAAGAUGAUGGUUCUGACUGAGAUCUACGACAGUAUUCAGAGCACAUAUCCGUAUUUCUCCAACGACAAGAAGUCCGCCUGGCAGAACGCCGUACGCCAUAAUCUGUCUCUUCACAGAGACUGCUUUGUGAAAGUACCGCGCUACAAGGUGGACUUGCCAACGACGAGCUGCUACUGGAAGCUGACAGACCGUGCUGAGGCCGUGUAUGAGUCGGGUAAAAACCUGAAGAAAGCUAUAGUGCAUCCGCGCCGACGCACGAACAACAGGGCACACCGUCGCCAUGGCGGCGGAGGGCUUGGUGUCCAGCUGGGUGCGAACGCAAUGUCCAGGGCAAGUGCCGCUCAUCCAGCACAGCAACAGCAGUACGUCGGCGUCAACGCGGCGGCUGCUGCUGGAGCUGUUCAUACUUUGUAUGCCACCCCGAGUGGUGCUCUGGUACACCAAUACGGUCAUGCUCACAUGGUCGGGGGCGGUGGUGAGCAGGCACAGCGGAUACCAGCAGCAGCAGGGGCGGCUGCAGUACCAAGCAGUGGCCAUGCUGUGCGUAUGUCAAGCAUUGACCCGGCGGUGGCAGCCACGACGGCAGCAGCAGUGCAGCAACGUGCGGAUCGAUUGCACCAACAUCCACCAGCAGCACACCACCACCCUCACCAACACAUGCAAGCACACCAGCAGCAGCAGCAACAACACGCCCAUGGCAGCCGCUUUGCAGCAGUAAGCACCAGUACAGUUGCACACGCCAUGUCGUCGCUUACCCAGCCCAUGACCGUGUUGAACGGCCAUGUCAGACCACCACAGCAGCCGCAGCAGCAAUUGGUAGCAAGCCCGAGACCAGCAGCGCCAGGCGUUGCUUCUCAACCACUAGUCUUCUUCCGACCCGUGCAAUACCGCCGCCAAGUCACGCCACCACCACCGUCGCAGCAGCAGCAGCCCACGCUGGCAACAAUGCGCCGACACCCGCCUGCCGCCUUAGCUGUCGCUGACGUGGAGCGGGAAAGCGCAGCACACGCAACAGUGCAUCAGCAGUCAGCAGUAGCAGCAGCAAUCACUGCUGUGCCCACUACCAGUAGGUCAGGUCAAGCACUGACCACUGGACAGCGUCGCUCAUCAUCACCAGUACAGCACAUCGGAUCUCCGCCUAUUCACUCCUGCCAAGUCGCUUUAGGAGCAAAUGUAGACGAGGAACCAUCGGCACCACCAUUACGGUCUCCACGAACACUACACCGUCAGAGCCAUGAUUACCCUGCACAGGCACCGGCUCCACCCACCGACAGCAGCAGCAGCAACAACAACAACAGCAGCAUGCUAACCCAAGCGCAGGGAACUAGACAAGAAAACGAUGUGACCACAGCCAUGAUGCACUCGCACUCGCAAGCCCUCGCACCUGCAGAGCCCGUAGUGAACGCACCACACCGGGGUGCCAGAGUGCGUAACAGAAUGAGGUCGUACUCCCUGCGGAAUACUCACGCUCGCCCUUCAACCACAGUGCAGAGUCGACAGGAGCGACGGGCGCGUCUUUUCCACAUGGAGGCGGCACAGUGCAGACUGUUAGCAGACGCCUGUCGCCUGGGACCGUCUGAGUUCAGGUUCUCGCGUAAGCGGGGGUUGCGGCGAAUGUCAGCGCAAGCGGACGGCGCGUUUUCAGAGUGCACCGAUCAGUUUGCCACGGACGAGAAAGUCGACCAGUGGUACGAGGUGGGCGGGAACAAAGACGAAGCGCGCGACAUCAUACUGCUCAUGUGCGACGAGUUCCACGCCACCUACUCUGCCGUUCAGCUUAGCGAGCAUGUGCGCCGCCUGCACGCUAUCAAGCAUGGCCAUGUUGAUGAGACGAGAGCCGCCGUGGACCUAGCCAAGUCGUUCGACCCUCCCAGCAUGCUCACGCGGCGCACAAGCAGCAUUGGCAGCCGGGCUCGCUCGGCUCGAGCCGGGGUCAGUACGCCACGUAUUGCCAGCGGUGGUGGCAGCGGGCUGCAAGUGCCUAGAUCCUCCGCUGUACACCUGUUGCCUUCAACACAUAAGCUCGUGAAUACUGGUCAGGCUGCCGACCACUCAGUGCAUCAUGCAUCUCUAUCACAACCACUGCAGCUACACACCCAGGCACAGCCCCAGGUACAGCCCCAGGCACAGCCCGUCGACAGUGGAGACGAGUAUGCUGCUGAAUGGAGAGAAGUGGAAACGGAAGGCUCGGCAACGCGUCGGUGGCGGGAUUCGCAGGCACAGCCACCGCCCCUGGCAGCAGCAGCAGCGUCGCAACAAGAGACUAGCGCCCUCUCGCUGUCACCCAGCGGCACCUCUCAGGCACAACUUGUACAAGUGUACGAGUUGGACUGAGUGACGGCCGGUCCAAAUGUGCAAGUGAGCAGGAUGGAUCACGGCUGUAUGACUGCUCCCAAUGCAAGUGAGCGGGGGAUGCAAGGCUUCAUGAAUGUUACCCAGCCUAGAGAAACAUUGAGUGUGAGUAUGCGGGUCAGUACACGCCUGCUGAGUACACAAAGCAAGUCUCCAGUUGUAUUGUUGUUAUUGGCGAGGGUGGUGUCACGGCCUAGCUCCAUUGACAAAGUAUUCUCCCUGGCAGACCCGUCUCUCUCGCUCUCUCUCUCUGUCUCUGUCUCUCUCUCUGUCUCUCUCUCUGUCUCUCUCUCUGUCUCUCUCUCUCUCUCUCUCUCUCUCUCUCUCUCUCUCUCUCUCUCUCUCUCUCUCUCUCUCUCUCUCUCUCUCUCUCUCUCUCUCUCUCUCUCUCUCUCGCUUUCUCUCUCGCUUUCUCUCUCUUCUCUCUCUCACUCUCUCUCUCUCUCUCUCUCUCUCUCUCUCUCUCUCUCUCUCUCUCUCUCUCUCUCUCUCUCUCUCUCUCUCCUCUUGUGCUCGCCUCUCCCCACUCCCACCCUUCUGUUUAAUUUAAUUAUUUGUGUGUGUUUGUGUGCGUGUGUGUGCGUGAUUGGUAACUGUGUUUUUGUUUGUUACUCUGUGUGUGUGUGGGGGGGGGGGGGGGUGUGGGGGUGUGGGUGUGUGUGUGUGUGUGUGUGUGUGUGUGUGUGUGUGUGUGGGUGUGGGUGUGUGUGUGGAUGCACUGCACUGUUCUUGGCAGCGAGACCCGGCAUUUCGAGCAACAGCUCUGUCCAGUUAUGAUAUGUAUAGCAUUCUCCGUGACUCUAUCUGCCAAUCAUACCUGUGUACUCCGUAAUGGAUACACGAAUGCGUAAUAGUUGCCAUGGUUAUCAAUGCCCUAUCCAUGGUAACCAUAGUGAUGUGUAACUAACUAACUUGAUGUGCUACCAAACAAAACAGUACUAUAAACCUGAUCACUAGAAACGUGCAACAAACUUCUACACUGGCAUCAGCUCUAUGACUCUAUGAGCAGUGAGAACUGAUAUUAUCCUGUGAAGAAUGUAAACAAGAGGGCUGUCCUGCCAGCACUUUCGUUAUCAUCACUACUACUAUGUAGUAUAUUCUCUAUUAGUGUUAGCAUGUUCUCUAGAUGUGUGUGUGUGUGCGUGUGCGUGUGUGUGUGUGGUAGCCAUACCCAGGUGCGUGUCUAGGUGUGUGACUAAGUUAGUCUAGGGCCGUUUUGUAUCAUGGCUUUUGCUUUACCGACACCUAGCUUCAUCGUUUUGAUUCUCACAGAUGAUUUCCAGUGUAAACUGGCUAUUAUUUUACAGUAUGACAGUAUGACAGUAUCGACUGUAGUUCCAAGUACAUGUACUUGUACUUGUUUCCAGUGUGGCUAUGCUCACCUCCAUCGUUAUAAUUAUAAUCAAGCCAUCGACUUUUCGACUUACUACAAUCAGGAGUUCGAUCACAAAAUCUUA